AUUGUAUCAUUUCCAGUCUGUUACUUGUUCACACCAAUGCUCUCCCAACUCCCACACUCCAGCCCUUCCCCCCAUCAGUCUUUAACCAAUAUGACCAUACCAAACAUGGGUACCGAACCAAUAGAAGGCACCACCAUCACCCUCAAUAAUCAAACAAGUCCAGGCUUUCAAGAUGAUUGCGUCAACCUGAUCAGAAAAAUUAUCACUAACAAAGAGAUAAAUUACAAAACCAUCAAGAACUCGCUAAUGGGAAUGUGGGGCAAUCUGAAGAACGUUGCAAUAUCAGAGGUAGGAAGGAACAAAGUUCUUGUAAGCUUUAAAGACAAACGCACAGGGAAUAGGAUCAUAAAAAAUGGUCCGUGGAACGUCAAAAGGCACCUGAUGAAUUUGCAGAGGUGGCUGUACGGAGAGGCAAUACUGGACGUUAGCCAUGACUUCUUGGAGUUCUGGAUACAAGUGCAUGGGUUACCAAUAGAGAAGUUAAAUGCCGAAACAGCAAAGAGUAUUGGUAAUAUGAUUGGAAUUGUUGGAGAGGUUGAAAACCCCAUUAAAGAGGGAACCUUACAGAGGAACUUCCUAAGAAUCAGAGUAGCGAUCAACAUCACUCAACCCCUCCAAACCGGGUUUUGGCUGAAUAGAGGAGACAAACCCAAAACCUGGAUAAGCUUCCGGUACGAGAGAUUGUUGGAUAGUUAUUGCUUCAAGUGCGGUGUUAUAGGCCACGAGAAGAAGAACUGUGACAAACCAGUAGCUAUGGCUUGUUGGGAUACCACCAAGCCGAAAUAUGAAGCAAGAUUAGCAGUGGAUAGAGCUAGACCACUGUACACAACAAGGGAGGAGGAAGAAGACUGGAAAAAACACCUCAGAGAGAACGACGAAGCGCGUGGAAGUCAGUUGCGGGGAGGCAAAGAAGGGAAUAGCCAAAGCUCAGAAAACAACUACAAUAUCCAGCGGAUAAAAACAACGAUAGGAAUGGAGACCCAAUCAGGAGAAAGCAAAGAACAACAGACUGAAGAAAAAGGCUGCGACAAGAUGGUUGACCUGAGAGAAGUUAGCCGACUGCCAUAAGAAAGAGUCACAGAGCACCGUGAAGCGAGCCUACUCAACCUCCUCGAAUCAGUCAUUCACAAUCUGCAAAGAGUAAAAGGAAAAGGCAUCAUGAGAGAAGAAGAAGCUUCUAGUAAGAAGAAAGGGGCAGAGAAAGUAAUCAUGCAUCCAAAUCAAGAAAGAGACCAAGUUGGGCCUUCUAACUGGAUGCAACCCAAUCCAACAUGGGCUCAAGAAAUAAGGAAGUAUGAAAUGCAGGUCCAGCAGAAUGAAGGAAAAAAUAAUGUCCCACAUGAACCAGGCCCUAACAUAAACAUCACCAAUAAUCCAAAAAACCCAUCAGAUCUCCAAUCACAUUAUGCAAGCAUCAAAGCAGGCCACCAAGACCUUAUCUGCCAAUCUGGGAAUCCGCUCAAUACCCAAACAAGCCAAUGGAAGAUGGAUAAAGAAGCAGGAACAAAACAUAUAGAAGAGCCAAAGACGGAAGGAGCAUACAAAAAUAUCAGCCUCAAAUGGGCCAUGAGAGAAGAAGCAGGUAAUUGGGCAAUGAAGAAAAACAAGAAGAAAAAGCAAGUACAUAAGAACCAGGAGGGAGAAACUUACUAUGUGG